AGAGAGCAAAGUAUUUUCUGAUGUCGACAAUUGUAAACAUACUAGCCAGGAGGAAGGUUCAUUAUAUACUUAAAGACAAGUGGGCAAGUAAACAAAGAAUUACACCAUUUAGUCCACUUAUUAAUAUUGGAAACAAAGUUACAAUGGCAACAAGUGCAAAUGAUUUUGAUUUAAAACAGGGAAUUCUUGACAUCGAAACACCCAGGGGGCAACAUUUGAGGGGUGUUUAUAAGAAAAGUUUUGCCUAUCACACAUUUCGACAUCGCAUACCCAAUAUCUUGGAUAGUCUUUUGGAUUCUAUGAAGAAAGAUUUGAGUGGAAGUACAUAUUCGCAGGACGAUAUUACUCAAGUACUUACCAGCAUAGAAAAACUCAAGGAUAGCAUAGCAAAUAACGGUCCCUUGGAAAACUUCCAGCCCAACGAACACGAUAAUGAUAUUGAACUUUGGAACAAAUUUUUGUCAACUCUACCAGCCGACGCAUCCUUCUACAACAUCUGUUGGCUUUAUGCUGAAUGUUAUUUAUAUAGAAGGGUUUAUUCCUAUUUUAGAUCUUCCAAUAGCUUAAGGGAAUACGACUAUUUCAGUCCGCAGAAAAUGCACGCACUACAUAUUUCCAUUGGUGCCAUGGUAGAAUUGAUAAGAAAUACCAAAACAUUGGGAAAUAAUUUUGAAUCAUUUUCGCAUAUGCUUAAGCUAAACCUUUGGGGCAAUAAAUGUGACCUCUCGUUAAGUACUGGCCAAGAUGUUAAACCUCUUGACAAUCUCAAUAAACUUGUGGAUAGUCUUAAUGGGAAUAUAUUAACAGAUGACUGUGUCCACAUUUGGAAUUGCAUACAAAGUGGAAUGGCGCAACAGCAGAAAACCCAAAAGCGGUGUGUAGACUUUGUAUGUGAUAAUGCUGGUUUUGAACUAUUUACCGAUUUGCUAUUGGGCAAAUAUUUGAUAGAGCAUAAUUUAACGGACAUGGUACGUUUUCAUGUAAAAACAAUGCCUUGGUUUGUUUCGGAUACAACACCUCCCGAUGUUCAAAACGCUUUGAAAUACAUGGAGAAUCAUGCGACUGCUGACCUAAGUGAUUUUGGUAAACAAUGUUUAGGCUAUUUCAAUAAUGGUAUAUUUGAAAUUGAAGCCAGGGAGAGUUUUUGGACGACACCCUAUGAGUUCUAUAGAAUGAACGAUAUAGCACCUGGUCUAUAUCAACUUCUAUCAACGUCGCUACUCAUUAUCUUUAAAGGGGAUUUGAACUAUCGCAAACUUUUAGGCGACUUCAAUUGGGAUCCAACUGAGAACUUUCAAAAGUGCCUACGAGGUUUUAAUCCUUCUAAUUUGUGUACUCUACGCACAGUUAAGGCUGAUCUGAUUUGCGGCUUGAAACCAGGUCUGGCUGAAGAGCUAACUUCGAAAACGAAUGACUGGAUGCUUACUGGAGAAUAUGCUGUCAUACAAUUUGCUAAAGGCGCCAAGGAGAAUUGAUGCGAAAGCAUUACUGAACAUCUCAUAUACACAUUUUUGACAAAAAGAAUUGCUGCCGUUUUAACAACUUUUUUUUGUAAAAAAAAUACAAAAGCAUUUUAUUGAUACAUAUAUGUAUGUAUAUUAGAGU